AUGGAAGUGUCUAAAGCAAUAAAUAAAAUAAUAUUAAUGUUUGGAAAACCAUUAAUUCUUCAUACGGACAAUGGGAAGGAAUUUGUCAACGAAAGGAUCUCCCGAUUGUGCGAUGAGUACAAGAUAAAGCACGUGAGAGGUCGUGCAAGGUGCCCUUGGGUGCAGGGGCAGGUGGAAAGACUAAACCAAUCUCUGAAAUAUAUGUUGUCCUCCACCUGUUUGUCUGAAAACCUCGAUUAUAAAUGGAUUUCGAUUAUAGACCGGAUAACCAGUUCAUAUAACUCAACGGUGCAUUCCACUACGUCGUUUGCACCGUUCAGAAUUAUGUUUGGAGAAAAUGCCGAUCAGUCUGCAAACAUACACUAUAGCGAAGAAGAACUUAAUCUCCUAUUCGCAGAUUUGGAUUCAUCCAACAUGGAUGAAAAAGAUGACGUAGAGAAUUAUAUGGCUUGGAAAUGGUUUACUGUCAGUAGUACAAGGACAAAGGCUGUCCAGUACUCGGAUGCGGCGGAAGAAAAAAUGCUAAAAAAAAACAUGUGGAAGAAUGACACCUCUGUUUUUAAAAUUGGGGAAAAAGUUGUUAGAAGAAUUAAAACUGACAAAAAUAAAGGGACGCGGAAGCGGUAUCUAAACGAGCACCAUGAUACAAGAAUAUACAAUGUCAAAGGAUUUUCACCCACUGGUAUGGUGAUACUGGAGUCCGAAGAUGGCAGAGAAAUACAAGAAGAUAGCAGAGACCUGGCAAGUUUAGAAACUAAUUAA